AUGGCGUCCAGAGGGGGCGCAGAUGCGAAGCCGGAAGUCGGUGAAAUACUUGUGGUCAUACAUGACUUCCUUGCUCGAAGCUCCGAUGAACUAAGCUUGGCAAAGGGCGACCGUGUUGAGUUGAUCGAACGAGAUGAUGAGUUUGGUGACGGCUGGUUCCUAGGCCGUCACAUGGUGAAUGGAAAUAGCGGCUUGUUCCCGGAAGUCUAUACAAGAUCAGCCCCCAGGGGCGUCCCAGCGUCAUCCGUUGUGCCGAAAACUCUUGCCAGCAUACCUGUGUCUACCAACGGAGCCGGGCCUGAACCGAGUGAAGAGACGAAUACUACGACGACUUCUCCAGGGCCGACGCAGGAUCGCGCUUCGACACCUCUGACCACCACCUCCAAUCCCGCCGAGCCCGAUCCUGUGACUCUUCCACUGAACUCUGUGAAGCCAGAAACCAGCCCAGGACCUACGCCCACGGCACCGUUAGCCAGUAAAGGCUUCAACUAUGGGGGUGGGUUGGAAGGAAUGGGACGUCUAAACGCAGCGCAAAGCCAGAGCCAGGACAGUCCAGUUCUCCACGAGACGCUGACCGUAAUCGAUGAGCAUAUUACCGACUUACACUCGAAACCCCAGAAUGGCGCAAUGCACAACGCAACGGAUUCAGGCAGCGAAUACAGCUCUCAAAUGCAAGACAGGCUUUCCUAUAUCCAAGGAGAGGAGACGGACGAAGAAGAGGAUGCGCCGCAUACUCGUGAAGAAGUAGAAGCAUGGACUGCUGAUGAUGUGGCCGAGUUCCUAUUCACAGCCGGGGUAGAGAAGAAGCAUUGCGAAGUCUUUCGGGACCAGGAGAUUGCCGGUGAGGUGCUUCUGGGCAUGGACCAGUCAUCGCUCUUCCUCAAGGCAUUCGACCUGGGCUCUGUAGGGCGACGAUUGAAGACAUGGCAGAAGAUCAAAUCUCUGCAGGAUGAAGUGAACGGGCUUGGACUUAUGACAAGACGGCUGACUAUUGGGAGCGAUGCUGGAUCAGAAGAUUCGCGGGUGAUGGGCAGGAUGAGGAGUAGGACAAACACCCUGACGAAUUCUCAGAGGCUUCCGCCCAUAGAAGACCGUCCCGGCUCAGUCCACGGGAGGCGUUUGUCACAAACACCCAAGGUCGAACCAAUGUCGCCCAAGAUGCUGGUCUCCCCCAAAACGCUCCACGACAGCCCUACCAAACCAUCACACUUCAAGCGACCCUCUGCGGCUUCCGUCCGAGAUCUUCACCAUUCACGCCGCCAUUCUUCAACCGACUACCGUCUCACUGGUACUCCGCCUGUGAGUGCGGGUACCCCCAAGCUUUCAACCUCUGGCACAUUUCCGAGAACUGAAACGUCGCACAAGAAACAGCCUUCAUUUGACCGAAAUUGGACCAUGGGCGGUGCUGCUACUCCCACUGCUACCCCACCUCGACCAUUGUCAUCAGCCGGCCUGCAGAAUACUCUGAACACCUCCGAUCCCGAUAUUGUGCAGGAGCCUGCCGUCGACUUUGACCGAGGCUACUUCUCCAGCACUGAAGUUGACGGUCGCAAACGCAACGUGCUUAAGAAGCGCGAUAGCGUCGCUGCAAACUCGCACCACUCCCGCAAGUCCAGCUACACAGAACAACAGCGCGUCAGAAGUGCCACAGCUCUGUCGCGACGCUCGCGUUUUGGUAGUGUCGAUUCAACCAGAGAUUCCGUACCCCCAAGCGCUGCUCAGCUGUACUACGGUACUGCUGGUGAUCAUCGUCGGACUGCGUCAACGAACACCACCGAAUCCUACCGACCGCCGCCUCCCGCUAAAGACGGACCUUCUCCCACAGUCACGAAGCUUGAGGAUAGCAUUGGUUCCUCACCCAUUAUGCCAGCCAAUCGGCAAGGCGUUCAAUCCGACUGGCUCUCAAACCCUGGCGGCAAAAUGACUGCCUUUGGCGGCCUGAGGGCAAUUUCCGAUGCCGUGAUUGGCACUGACCGCUCAAAGUUUGGAUCCCCAGCCGAUUCUACUAAAGAUUCGCCUUUGCAGUCACCCGCAAGAACUGGGUCUAGUACCCCCUCAGCUGGACCCAGCUUCGAACUAGACUCUCCUGAAGCCGGAAAAAGCCCAUACUCCAACACUACUGUCGGUAGCCGAAAGAGUAGCAACAAGAAGACGAAGAAGGAGACAAGCGCGUAUUUACGCGGCCUACAGAAAGUUGGCCCGAGAGAGGCGAUCAAGGAUGCAGACUACAGUGGCUGGAUGAAAAAGAAGAGCUCGCAUCUCAUGACAACCUGGAAACCACGGCUCUUCGUCCUAAAGGGGCGCCGCCUUUCUUACUACUACUCCGAGGAUGAUACGGAGGAGAAGGGGCUCAUUGAUAUCUCGUUCCAUCGUGUGUUGCCUGCUGAUAGCGAGCGACUGACUGGCCUGCAUGCCACUCUGACGGGCGCUAGCAACUCCCCGAUGGCUCCCGCCGAUAGCAGUAUUCCUACUCUUGCGGAUAGCCAGGCUGCCACGGCUGUCGUUGAGAAAGGAACAGACACGAUGUUCAUCUUCAAGCUUCAGCCACCUCGCGCAGGUCUCUCGAAGGCCGUCAACUUCACUAAGCCGACGGUACACUACUUUGCUGUUCCCAAUCUACAGCAAGGUCGGACCUGGAUGGCCGCCUUGAUGAAGGCAACUAUCGAUCGCGACGACAACCAGCCCAUGACCUCAACAUACCAACAGAAGACUAUCUCUCUCGCCAAGGCACGGGCAAUGCGUCACCGACCACCUGCGCUGAUGAACCUCGACGAGAAGGUUGAAGAAGGCACCAAGGACGAUGACGAGAAAAAGAACGGCCUGGGCAUCUCUUUUGGCGAAGUCGAUAGUGCGGUCUCCGGCCUAGAGAAGAUGGGUCUGCAAGUCGAAAGCGCGACGGUCAACAAGACGUUCGACACGGAGAAUAGCAACGGCCUCAAGUUCGUGGCAUCCCCGCAAAGCGCCUAG